AUGGCUUCAGAGGAGGGUCGAUUUAUUUUCCUAAAACUCGUGGAAAGGCAGGAGUUAAUGGGCACCCAGGAGUGUCGAAGUAUUAGAGUUGGUAAAAGGUGCUGGUACCUGGCCCACGCUUGGGUUCCCUUCCGCCGGGCUUUUGUUGCACCUUCCCCCACGUGUGAGCUGCCGGGCGGCAGCGGUGGCGCGGGGGUCUGGUGGGGGGAAGGUCGGAAAUAUACCAAAGCGAGCGCUGGCCAGGAGUCUGGGGAGAGCGGCCGCGCGGCGAUUGGGCGGCGGGCCGCUGACGCGCGCUGA